CUUACUCAAUAUGCAAAUACACAGGAAGCGUCAACUAAAGGUAUGAAUUUAUCAACUAAUCGUCGUAAGCGAGGAAUUGAUGUGAUUGAUAACGAAGAAAAUGGUUCUCAUAAAAAGAAAAACACCAAGAAUGAUGCAGAUAAUAAUGAAAAUUUUCCAUCAAGAAACAAUAACGAAAAUUCUUCCUCGGGAUUUGAAGAUGAAGAAAUCAAUUUUGAUUUAACCGACAUUUCGAAAGAAUUGAAUCGUGAACCAACAGUUAAAAUAUGUUUUGUAUCAAAUAUCGAUUUUUUAUCUCCUGUGUCUCACA